AUGAGUGACGAAGACGAGUACGAGGGUCUCGACGCUUUACACACGUUGGCGUCUGAGGCCGAGACGCCGCCGUACCGUCUGAGCAAACAACCUUCCGCCAAGCGCCUCCUCACGGCAAAACUCGGUGGCAUCGCCGUGGACUCGUGGCCGCUAUCGACCGAGACCGUGGCGGCGCUGACGACCAAGUACUCUGGCCGCGUCCCAGCCAACAACGUCAUCCUCCGCGGCCUUUCCAUUGCUGGCCAAACGCGCUUUUACGACUCCAACAUUUUCAACGACAUGAACCCUGAGCGUUGCAGAGAAGGUUGGUCGUUCGAAUUGACGCUGGCGCAUUUCGCGAUCGACUUGACCGGCGACGCAUCGACGUUGACACCAACAAGCCGACCGCCACCCCAUACCUUUGCGACGGCACUCGACGGGUGUUUUCUCUCGUUUUACAGCCCGUGUGGCGUGACGGUCGCGCCCAUCACGUCCGGACACCGGUCUUUCGCCGUGUAUCACGCCGCCUUCGUCGAUGGAUGGUGUCACUAUGGCGAUUUGGCACUGGACGCACCGUUGCCGUGCUGUCUGUACAAGCCGGACGUCGAGCGCCACCCGACGGCAAAACUCUGUGGCAUCGCCGUGGACUCGUGGCCGCUAUCAACCGAGACCGUGGCGGCGCUGACGACCAAGUACUUUGACCGUAUACCGGCCAAGGACGUCAUCUUCUGCGGCUUCCACGACAUUGCCGACCGCGAGUACACGUUUGAAUCCCCCAUCCUCGGUCAACUAGACGAGAAGCAAGACGACGACGAUGAGAACGAGACGUUCAGCAUGAUGUUGGCACAUUUUGCAAUCGAUACGACCGGCACCGCUUCGGUGUUGAGGCCGGCGACGAGGCGACUGCCACCCAACACCUUUGCGACGGUCGUCUACUUCUUCCCAUCCAACUGCGUCGGCGGCGCCGUCACAAUCACGCACGACCACCGGACGACGACGUUCGAGGCCCUCGAAGGGUGCUUUCUCUCGUUCUACAAUACGUGUAAAGUGACGGUGGCGCCCAUCACGUCUGGACACCGGUCCGUUGCCGUGUACCACGCCGCGUUUGACAUUGACGAUUGUGAUCUUGAAGACUACGACGGGGGCGAAUGGAAGGUACCCGAGCUAAAUUACGCACCGCCGCCGCUGCCGUUGACCCACGAGCUCCAGGAUGCCGCUCGCGACUUUGAUCCACGCCAUCGUCGCAAUUGCGCCACGAUCAAGCUCGAGACACGCAGCAUGACACCGACCUUUGAUUCGCUCACGGGGCAUGACAAGGCGGUCGUCGACGUGCUACUUGCAGCGAACGUCUUUGACAUGAUCCUUGUACGCAUGGGCCAAGGCGCCAACAACAAGUACAUUCCCGAAGCGUUUCAUCCAAUGUGCAAAACGCCGGCGCUCAUCUGUCACCAGACGCCAAUCGAGAAGUUUGUAUUCGCGAACGAGGACACGGCGCCCGGUUGCUACCUUUUCUUCUGGCCCAAGGUGACCCGCGUGCACAUCCACGGCUACGACCGCACGAUCGCGCUCUUGCGCGCCAACAUUGACGGGGACGUCAACGACGACCUCGGCUACGGGUCACUUCACUGUAUCUUUGAAGCGGCUUUCCGAUUCUUCUACCCGCAGCCCCAGCACGACGAUGGCCGCGAGCCAACGCAAGUCACAAGCAAGAUGGCGUCCUUGCUCUACGAUCACGGCGACCUGCACCUCAUUGAGACGUUCUUGGACGUUCACGAUCAGUGGGCUGACGACGAAACCAUGGCGAAUUGGAUCCUUGCGGUGCUCCGACGGUUUGGCGCGCCUCGUAUCCAGGACAGACUCCAAACGGUGAAGGCGUCAAGUGCGUUUGUCGCUCGUUUGGUGCACCUCGCGACCACCGGCGACGCGCUCGCACAAACGAUCGCGUGUGACUGCAUUCCGCUGUGGUGGCCUCGCUUGCUGCGCCACCUCACGUCGAGCCGCCGCUGGACGGAGAAGAAGGAAGGGACGCUGCGCCAUGUGUUUGACAUUGAUACGUAUAUGCUCGAACAUCCGAUGGACGUGGCUGCGGCUACGUACUUGGGCCAGCACUUGCCCGACGUUGUCGUGCGCAGGGUGGCUGCGUACCUCGUGCCGCCGCUCGCGUCGCUGCUGCAAGCGAUUCGAGGCAACAAAGACUGCGUCGGCUACCUUCCGGUCAUUUUGUGGCGUCGGCGGAGCUCGCUAUGCCGCGUACGCCUCGCAACGUACAUUGCGCUCGCUGUCGAGUAUCUGCGCUCGGGCGCUGAGCGAACUGAUGGGUGCGAUGUGCUGUAUCUGGCGCUGUUAACAGCCGGGACGCCAGCGUUUGCAGUCGUUGACGCCGACGUGCAGACACGACGACGUUGGUUUGACUUCUACGACGAGUGCACAGCGAUCGACAAGACAACGCUGACUCCGAUGCAAGCGCUCGUCUUGGAAGAGUACCUGCGGCAUCCAACGUACGGGUGUAGGUAG